CAUCGCCACCGCCACAACACAACUCCGCCGUACGCCGGAGGUUUAGUUUUUCUUACGAUAACACAUCAAGUUGCUGAUAAAUCGUGAAUCUGUGUCUACUAGUCUGUUUGUCUUGAGAUCUGGAAGAUCUAUAAUGUCGAAGAUAUGGGGGAAUAUCGGCGCCUGGGCGGCGGAAGCGGAGCGUGCGGAAGCCGAAGAGAAAGAACAAGAGGCCGCUGCGGCGGCGGCAGCCGCGGCUGCUCCACCGCAGAGUUACCCGAGCUUGAAAGAGGCGGUGAACACUAACAGAGGGAAGAAAAAAACGAAGAUGUCGUUACAGGAGUUCACGAUGGGCGGAGCUGGAGGUAUCGGCGGUGGAGGUUCGCGUCGUGACUUGGCUUUCGAGCACAAAGGAUUGACUUCUGAAGAGAUGAUGCGGCUUCCGACCGGGCCGAAAGAGCGGUCUGCAGAGGAGAUGCAAUACGGGAGGCUAGGAGGUGGUUUCUCGUCGUAUGGAGGUGGUCGGUCUGGCGGAGGGCCAAGGAUGAGGGAUAGAGAUGCGGAUGGUGACGGUUCAUGGGGGAGUAAUCGGAGAUCUUACGGUGGAUUUGAUGAUGAUCGUAGAGGUCCUUCUCGGGUUUCAGAAUACGAUCAACCAUCUAGGGCGGAUGAGGUUGAUAAUUGGGCAAUGGCGAAGAAACCUAUGGCACCUUCAUUCGAUGCUGGUAGUAGACCUAACCGUUACACUUCUAUUGGUGGAGGCGGCGGUCUUAGCGCAGGAGGAGGGGGAUUUUCUAGGGCUGAUGAGAUUGACAAUUGGGCAGUGAACAAGAAGCCUAUACCCCCUGCUAGAUCUUCUAACUUUGGUUCUGGUUUUCGUGAUUCUGGAGGGCCUGAACCUGACCGUUGGAGUAGGGGAGUUGUCCCUCGCGAUGACAACCAGGAACGGCUAAUAGAGCGCCGCCGUUUGGUAUUAGCUCCACCUACGGGUGAAAGUUCUCCGAUUGAGCCCGUGGUCAAGACUAAUAAACCAAAUCCUUUUGGGGGUGCUAGGCCGAGGGAAGAGAUAUUGGCUGAGAAAGGUUUGGAUUGGAAGAAAGCUGAUUUAGAACUUGAAGCUAAGAAAAUUAGUAGUCGUCCUACAAGCUCUCAUUCUAACAGCAGGCCCGGAAGCGCACAGUCCGGCAGGCCCGGAAGCGCACAGUCCGGCAGGCCAGGCAGCGCACAGUCUGGUAGGUCAGCAGAGGGCUCAGCUGCAUUGCAGGGAUUGGAGAAGCCGAGGCCUAAGGUGAAUCCUUUUGGCGAUGCUAAGCCUAGGGAGGUUUUGCUUCAAGAGAAAGGUGUUGAUUAUCGGAAGAUUGAUUUAGAGCUGGAGCGGCGGCGCCUUGGCAGGCCUGAGACAGAGGCAGAAAAGAAUUUGAAAGAAGAAAUAGAGAAUUUGAAAAGGGAAGUUGAGAAAGAAAAUGAGAACAGGUUACAUGAUAGAAUAGUUGAGAAAGAAAGGGAACUGGAACAGUUGAGCCAUGAUCUUGAUGAUAAAGUUCGGUUUGGUCAAAAAAGUGUCGAAAGGCCAGGUUCUGGUGCUGGAAGAGUUGGGGGGACUGGGUUUCUUCAAGAAAGACCACCUUCUUCGCAAUCUGGAUCGUUUGAUGAAUCGAGAAGUGUUGACUUUUCAGAGAGGCCUCGGUCCCGUGGUGAUUCUUGGAUGAGAGGUGGUGGUGAUGAGAGAAGAGGAGGUUUUGGUGGUGGAAGUGGAAAGGAUAGAGGAUUUAUGGGAAACAGAGAUUUUGGCAGGUCUAACUCAAGGGAGAGAUGGUGACAAAGUAGAAGAGAAGAAUAAUAUAAUUUUUUUGGGAGGAGAAUGAGGAUGGUGAAGAAGAAGAAGAAGGGGGUAGAAAUGUGAAUUCAUAACCCAAUUGUUGGCUUGGUUGUGUAAAAGCUUCUCUUGGUCUAAAAAGGAGCCAAAAACACUCUUAAUUUUGAUUUGUACAUCACUUGUUUUUGUGGAUCAUUCAAUUUUAACUCUGCUUCUUUGUUUCUUAAA